AUGAUUCAAGUUCCUGUAACACACAAAAUUAACCAUCUCUUCAAUUUUCUUCAUCAUCAAUCUUCUUCCAUUCUUCUAAAUCUAUGCAAAUUAUGUGUUCUUUUUCUCGCUCUUCUCGUCACCUUUCACACCAUUCUCAUCCUCAAACUCCGCAGAAAAACUCCUUCUAUCUCGCCUCUCAUUGUUGAGUAUGAUGAUUACUCUGAAGACGAAGACGAUGAAACAUGUUCGAUAUCGUCCACGUCAUCGGAUUCUGAGGACGACGAAGAAGAUAUUGAAGAAGAAAAUAGAACCGGUGAGUAUUUCCGGUUUAGAGGCGAUGACGGUGAAGGUGGAUUUCUAAGUAGUUGUCGUAGCAUCGGUGAUAUGUUCUCGCUUUCGGAAAUUACGAAUAGUAAAAGCGUUGUGAAGCUUUGGGAUACCAUAGGGUUAGGGUUAGGGUUAGACGAUUCUGAUUCAUCAUACUACGGAAGUAUCGUUGAGGCUUACGGCACUGAUGAGAAGUUGAGAGCACCGUCGGAGGUUUGGGACACGAGGGUUCGGCGUAGGAUACCGACGAUGAUCGCAGAGUGGACGCCGGGUAUCGGAAAGACCGUUGAAAAUGUUUCCGGGGGUGUGCAGAAGGUUUACGUGAGAGAUAACGGACGUUAUGAGUUGACGGUUGGUGAUAUGAGGAAAAUGAUGUCGCCGUUAGAAAAUGUAACGGAAUCACAACUAGAUUUGUGGUGGCCGAAUUCUUACAUGCUUAAAAUUUAA